UGUUUCUUUACUGGUGCAGCUGGUCAGUGAGGGGGGGGGGGUUUUCACACAGACUGCAGCAUCACCAUCACUCUGAACAGUCAUCAGAACAUCUCCAGCAGACAGAAACUAAACUGGAGCUGAGAGCACGUCUGGACAUCUGAGCGUUACACAGAGAACAACAACCUCCAUCUUUGAUCUGAUCCUAAAAACAAGAAGAUGGGUAAUGUGAACAGCAGUCUGGAGGAGGAGUGUAAAGAAAUGGAAGAUUUUUUGAAACGACUCAACGACGGAAAGGCUCCAGAUCUGAGAGUCAACACAACCAUUGUGAUGUUCACAGGUCUUAAGUCUUCAGACAAUCUGAGAGAACACUAUGACAAGAGGAAAAGGGAGGCGGGCGGCUCCGCUAAUGACUUGAUCAAACUGCAUGCUGCAGACUGGACCAAAAACCUGGCGGAUAAACUGGCCGACUUGGAGUCAACGCCUGCAUGGGCGGGGCUCGGAGCGCUGGUCAUCGCCGUCCUCAUCGACUUGGCUUCCUUGAGUCCGCCUGAGGAGAGCACGAAGGACGCUCUGCGGAGCGUGUUUGCCGAGGAGAAGGCCUCCGAGGUCUGGGAUCAGAUCGACGAGUGCCUGAAGAGAUGCAUGAUGCACAUCAACAACGACCACGAACUGGUGACUGACAUCAGACGGAUCGAGGGCCAGCUGAGCUUCGCCCUCACCAAGCUGAAGAACUCCAUGGUGAGGGACGGCCACAUGUCGUCUCAGGCUCUGAAGGCCUGGGUGAACGGGGCAGCCUUCCACAUCCAGAUGUUGAUUCACCUGGUGAGACUCAGAGGGAUUCAAACCUGCGACCCUGUGGAGAGUCUCCUCUCGACUUACCUGAGAGACCUGGACACGCUGUUCAUCAAGCACAGGGAAAUGGUCAAGGCUAAGUGCAGAGUGAGAACGAUUUCAUUACCUGAUUUGGAACUGCCUCUAAAAACUCUGGUGGAUGAUGAUUUAAAGUUAGAGUAUGACACGUCUAGUUUUGGCAGCUUUAACAAAUACUUUGAGGUUUAUUAUAAUAACAGAUACCACGGGCAGGCGUAUAACAUCAAGCGUUACUUCAGAGGCGUAAGAGACAACCUGCAGACGCUGGUUAAUCAAGAAGGAUACUUUAAGGUCUAAA